AGGCGGCUGCAAAAAUGACUCAGUAAGUUCGGCGGCCGCUCGGCCUCUGCGCCUCCGGUGCCAGCGCCCCGGGAUGUAUUCCUCCCCGCUCUGCCUGACCCAGGAUGAGUUCCACCCGUUCAUCGAGGCGCUGUUGCCGCACGUGCGCGCCUUCGCCUACACGUGGUUCAACCUGCAGGCGCGCAAGCGCAAGUACUUCAAGAAGCACGAGAAGCGCAUGUCCAAGGAUGAGGAGCGCGCGGUGAAGGACGAGCUGCUGGGCGAGAAGGCCGAGGUGAAGCAGAAGUGGGCGUCGCGGCUGCUGGCCAAGCUGCGCAAGGACAUCCGGCCCGAGUGCCGCGAAGACUUCGUGCUGGCCGUGACCGGCAAGAAGGCACCGGGCUGCGUGCUGUCCAACCCCGACCAGAAAGGCAAGAUGCGGCGCAUCGACUGCCUGCGCCAGGCCGACAAGGUAUGGCGGCUGGACCUGGUCAUGGUGAUUCUAUUCAAGGGCAUCCCGCUGGAGAGCACGGACGGCGAGCGGCUAGUGAAGGCGGCCGCCUGCGCGCACCCUGUGCUGUGUGUGCAGCCGCACCACAUCGGCGUGGCCGUCAAGGAGCUUGACCUGUACCUGGCUUACUUCGUGCGCGAGCGCGAUGCGGAGCAAAGCAGCAGCCCCCGGACAGGAGUGGGCUCCGACCAGGAGGACAGCAAGCCCAUCACGCUGGACACCACGGACUUCCAGGAAAGUUUUGUCACGUCAGGAGUGUUCAGCGUCACGGAGCUGAUCCAGGUGUCCCGGACACCUGUGGUGACGGGAACUGGACCCAACUUCUCCCUGGGAGAGCUGCAGGGCCACCUGGCCUACGACCUGAAUCCGGCCAGCGCCGGCAUGAGGAGGACUCUACCUAGCACCUCCUCCAGUGGGAGCAAGCGGCACAAGUCGGGCUCCAUGGAGGAGGACGUGGACACCAGCCCUGGAGGCGACUAUUACACCUCGCCCAGCUCGCCCACGAGUAGCAGCCGCAACUGGACUGAGGACAUGGAAGGAGGCAUCUCGUCCCCAGUGAAGAAGACAGAGAUGGACAAGUCUCCGUUCAACAGUCCAUCCCCCCAGGACUCCCCCCGGCUCUCCAGCUUCACACAGCACCACAGGCCCGUCAUUGCGGUGCACAGUGGGAUCGCUAGGAGUCCUCACCCGACCUCCGCCCUGCAUUUCCCCGCCACUUCCAUCCUGCCGCAGACAGCCUCCACCUACUUCCCCCACACAGCCAUCCGGUACCCGCCACAUCUCAACCCCCAGGACCCACUCAAGGAUCUGGUGUCCCUUGCCUGCGACCCGGCCACCCAGCAGCCUGGACCGCCUGCUCUCCGCCCGGCACGUCCCCUGCAAACAGUCCCUUUGUGGGAUUAGGACGGAGGGAUCCUCUUGCGGGACAGUCCUGGUACCUGGGGUAGCCGAGGUCGCCUCCCAUGCCUCCUUCAUCGCUGGCAGAGUCUCGGGGGUGACAGCCCUAGCCUGCAUUUUUGGUGGAAAAUCAGAAGGAGCA